AUGGUAAUAGCAAAUAGAGAAAUCUUCAUAAUUCAGAUCAUGUCUCCCUUCGUUUACUUUCUUUUGUUCUUACCACUUGUUGUACUAGUACUAGGAAACGAUGAUGAUUGUAUGCCAACCAGAUGCAGAGGCGAUGGCCCGAUAAUUCUGUUUCCUUUCAGACAAAAAAAUCAGCAACCUCAGCAGUGUGGCUAUCCAGGUUUCGAUUUAUACUGCGACCAUAAAAACGAUACUGUUCUUGUGCUUCCCUUCUCUGUAAAUGUUGUUGUGAAGGAAAUAGACUAUGCAUUUCAAACAAUUCUUGUUUAUGACCAAGAAAUGUGUCUUACACAAAAGCUACCACGUGAUCUAAACCUAUCUGCCUCGCCUUUCCUGACAAAUUACUUUACGGAUGCGGACGAUUAUACCCUGUUCAAUUGUUCUGAUCCACCAGGAAGAGAUUUACGUUUUGGUUCCAUUCUUGCCGCGAUAUUACUCGUAGCUUUCCUCUAUCUUUACAUCAGGGUUAGAAUAUACCGAGAGAACCGAACGAUGAUUGGGAAGUUUUUGCGAGAUUACGGAGCCCUUAAGCCGAGUAGAUUUUCAUAUUCGGCCAUAAAAAGGAUUACUCAUCAAUUUAACGAGAAAUUGGGUGAAGGGGGUUACGGAAUUGUUUACAAAGGAAAGUUGAACAAUGAAAUAGAUGUUGCGGUGAAAGUACUCAACAAUUCCAAGGGAAACGGAGAGGAGUUUGUCAAUGAAGUAAGUACGAUUGGGAGAAUACACCACGUCAACAUUGUGCGUCUUCUCGGAUUUUGUGCCGAUGGAUUUCGAAGAGCUCUUGUUUAUGAAUUCUUACCAAACGGUUCUUUAGAAAAGUCCAUUUUCCAAGCAGGUUCGAAUAGAAUUGCUCUUGAUUGGGAAAAGCUAAAGGAUAUUGCGCUAGGCAUAGCAAAAGGCAUAGAAUAUCUACACGAGGGAUGUGAUCAACAAAUACUCCACUUCGAUAUAAAACCGCAAAACGUCUUGUUGGACCACAACCUCAACCCGAAGAUUUGCGAUUUUGGCCUUGCAAAGUUGUGCUCAAAGGAACAAAGUGCAGUGACAAUGACUGCGGCUAGAGGAACAAUGGGAUAUAUUGCACCUGAAGUUCUGUCCAGGACUUUCGGAAGGGUUUCGUAUAAGUCCGAUGUUUAUAGCUUCGGAAUGUUGUUGCUCGAAAUGGUAGGAGGGAGGAAAAAUGAGGAUCAUAAUGCAAAUAAUACUAGUCAGGUAUAUUUUCCUCAAUGGAUAUACAAUCAUAUAAAUGUUGAGGAUAAUCCAAUGUGGGCACAAAUUGAUGAAGAAGGAAAUAGUAUAGCAAGGAAACUUAGUAUAGUAGGGUUGUGGUGUAUACAGUGGUGUCCGACAGAUCGUCCGUCAAUGAAAGUUGUGGUUCAAAUGUUGGAAGGAGAAUGUGACGAUCUUACAUUGCCUCCGAAUCCAUUUCCAGCUACUACAAAUCCCAUAGAUGGAAAACAUUAUCAAACUCAGAUGUCAAUCAUAUUAGAAGAGUAGUUGUUCUCUUUUUUAUUUUCCAUUGUAGAACUUUGUUGUGUUGUUUGUAAAAAAAGAUAAAAAAACUUUAUUGUAUUGAAGCUACUAAAUUCCUGAAAGAGCUGAAUAAUAUGAUCUUUGUUGUUGA